GCGCGAUUAUCACUCGUGGUGACGCGGUAUCGUCACAGUCCGUUCCUGACGAAGGUGGUAGCAUUCCCCAGCAUUCCCGCGGCGGUAGCCACGUGAAUUUUUGUCGUGUUCCGUUAACGAGAUACCGUGAAAUAUGCCGCCGCAAGCUGAUGUACUGCCGAAGGAGAAGCUCGAGAUCCCGACCAGAGGGAUUAACGCUGUUCUAUUGGGGCCACCCGGUAGCGGCAAGGGCACUCAGGCCCCACUGUUCAAAGACAGGUACUGUGUAUGUCAUCUGUCCACGGGUGACAUGCUGAGGGCCGAAGUCAGCUCUGGUUCCACUCUUGGAGCUCAGAUUAAGAAAGUAAUGGAUGAAGGUAAACUAGUCAGCGAUGACUUGGUUGUCAAAAUGAUCGAGAACAAUCUACAGAAACCUGAAUGCAAGCGAGGUUUCUUGUUGGAUGGCUUUCCAAGGAGUGUACCUCAAGCAGAGAAGCUUGACGAAAUGCUCAACAAAAGGAAAACAAAGCUUGAUGCUGUGAUCGAAUUUGGUAUUGAGGAUAAGUUAUUGAUUAAGAGAAUCACGGGCAGACUGAUACAUCCUGCUAGUGGUAGAUCUUAUCACGAGGAGUUUGCUCCACCCAAAAUUCCCAUGAAAGAUGAUAUCACCGGAGAACCUUUGGUUAGGAGAUCGGAUGACAACGAAGAAGCAUUGAAAAAACGAUUGGCAACAUAUCACACGCAGACUGCACCUCUUGUUGACUACUAUGCUCUACAAGGAAUUCAUUACUACAUUAAUGCCGCGCAGUCCGCCGAGAAAGUCUUCAAGAAUAUCGAUCAGAUCUUCCUAAAAUCCACCAAGAAGAAGGAAAGCUUCUUCAGCAGAUUUUUUUAGAACAUUGCCCCAGAAAUACUUUCCAAAAUGUUUUUUUUUUUUUUUAUUCUUGGGCUUUGGUUUGAUUAAUUUGAAAGAAACACACGCGUACGGAGAUAAUUGUAAACACGUUAAAAUAACAUUUCAAUUAAUUAACACUUGAAUAACAAGAUUGAUUUACGUCUGAAUGUAAUCUCGGUAACAUGAGCGUCAUGUUUACAAGAAUCGCUGUAAAGGAUACGUCUCGAUCGUGGCAAUACGUAAAACAGAAAUAUGUAGCAGUAUUUUAUAGACAGACACAAUAUUCUAGAAAGUUAUAAGGUGCUACAACCGCGGAUAUAUCAAAUGCACGCGAUGCUAAGAAUGUAAAAUAUAAUACAAAGCCUACUAGCUUGUUAGUAAAAAAAACAAACAUUUGUAUAUAAUCGUUAAGGAGUACUUCGAUUCGUUGUUACCAUAUUUUUGCGUGAUAUUGUCUACUUUAUACCGGUUUAUCGAGCAAUAUUUUUAUAUAUUUCGACAUAUUUUUGUUUUCUUUACCGCGAGAAUUUAUCAGAUUAAAAUAUGCGAAACAAUGGCGAGGAACAGAUACGACGACCACGCACUACUUACAAAUGCACAUAUUUUUCGAGUUUACAUAUGUUACUUUUAGCUUCAAACGCGAAUGAUUUUUAUUUUUAAAGAUCAUAGUACAGAAUUUUUAUGAUAUUAAUAUCUUUUAAUAUCUAUACAACUGAUGAAAGAACGACUCAUAAUAAUUUUAAAAUAGAUUAUAAUUUUGAGUUAAUUAUAUUUUGAGAUUAAUGGCGAUAAUAACAUCUAACUGCCACAAUUAACGGUAGACGUGGGAUUGCGGACCUACAAUCGCAUUACGUUUCUUCGAUCAUAUUACUGAAAGAAACAAUAUCGAAAAUGCAAGAGAAACUGUUUAGAUACAAAAUAUAUCUAUACAUAAAAGAACCAUUACGAAGUUGUUCUCAGAAACACGAUUUUACAAAAGUAUAGACAAAUGCAACUACUAAAGUAGAGACCUAUUUUACAUAGAAAAAGGAAGCAAAUAUAUAUUUUUUUCUGAUACAAUAUGGUUAUCCUAUGUAAUGUACAACACAUGUAACAAAACUCUAAAUACCGAUAUUUUCUGAGAGAGACGAAUGUAAAUCUGUACAAGAAUAAAUCACAUGUGAAGUCUU